AUGGGUGGUCAUAAGUAUUCAGGAGAUAACUCAAGCUCCGAUGAGUAUAUCGAAGAAGCCCAAGCGGACCUUGUCUGUCUCGAUGAUGAAGAGAGACUCGGAUAUGCAAAUAAAAAUACUUUCCCCGCAGAUUACGAUGAGAUGUCUACGCUUAUCGAACUCCUCCUUCAACGAGGGGAAAGCACCGUCCCAUGGCAAAGUAUUCCUGAGAUUCCGUUGAAGAACGAUAACAUCGAUCUCUCUAAAACCGCAUUGCUGUCUCUACCUGUCGAUAUCCUUCUAGUAAUCUAUGAUCAGCUUUCUACUUACGAUGCAAUCUGCCUUGCCCUUACCUCGACUAUUUUCUACAACCUAGCUACCCGAAGACUCUCUGGUGUCAUAUGUCCCAGACAUCUAGGCAGCUGGGCCGGAAAACGGCUAGCUUGGAUCGACGAUACCAUGAAAUAUCGAUCUACCUUCAAAAACUACCCCGCUGUUGGAGAGAGUCUUAAGAAAUCCCAACACGCUAUGACAGGUUCUGUCCCUAAAAAGGGUGGAUACGUCGGCGUCCCCAAGAGCUCGAUUAAUACACCUUUCAAACUCAUUGAGAGGUUCCCAAAUCGUCUGCCAUGGAAUAGUAAAUGGGAAUAUGACCCGGUUGCUGCAGAUGUAAAGGAAACAGCUGGCCUUCCAAAGCAGGAGGCAAGGCAGUACAGGACUCGUACUCUUGGACCUGAACUCAGGCGUAUGCGGAGUUUGUGGUAUCAAUGGCAGAGUGGGCAACUAUACCUACCACUUCCAAUUAGACGGUUCGUGGAAGGGUUUAUCGGGCGCGAUAUGGGGUUGAGUCUUUUGACGGAUGACAAUUAUGUUCUGAGGAACUUGGACAAAGGUGUCUUUGUACAACUUGAUGGGAGAGAUUCGAGAGCCAUGGUUAGAAAAAUGAUUUUCGGACCAGAUGGCUCCAAACGAGGGAAACUGUCACCAGGCUAUAACAAAUGGUGCGGUGAUAGGCUUGACAUUGUGAAAACAGAUACCAUGCUGAGGGAAGAAGGACGUCCUGUAGAAGAUGAAAACCUUGAUUGCGAGGAGAUCAAAAUCGGAACGGGUCAGAGGAAGUAUGCGGGAUAUGUGCCCUCACAGCCCGACCAAAGCGAGACAAUUACUCGUUUGCUCGCUGCAAGUGGGUUCUUGUAA